AUGGAGAAGCACGAACUCCCAGCGCAGCCGGGCGGCUCCCGCGGGAGGGGGCGCGGCCGCCCCGCGGCUCCACCCUCUCGGCGGGGCCGCCGCCAUCUGGGGCCCCUGCCAGUCGCGUCCGCCCCGGGGCCCGCGCCGAGCUCGCGCCGGAGGAGGCAGCCCCUGGCAGCCACCGAGUCCUCCCCACCCGGCGAUUCUCCGCCGGCGCCGGCGCUGGGAGCUGGAGCUGAGAUGCCCCGAGGGGGCAGUGGCUGGAAGCCGAACCUGGGUGGAAGCGCAUUGCUGCGGACGCGGGCGCCCCUCGCCACCCCGCCCCCCGCGAGCUGGCAGGAGGAAAUAGCGCGCGGCCCCUUUAAAUUUACCCAGGAGCCCUUAAAGGAGCCCCAGGGGCCCCAGACAGGAAUCCCCACCCCGGUCCAGCCCGCGCCGCCGAGCGAGCAGCCAGCCGUCCGGCCAGAUCUUCAGCUGGAAGGGGGUGCCUUGGGGUCCUGGGGGAGUGCCCCCCUCCCCUCCUCCAGGGCCAGGGGACCAGCAUCUUCAGGCAGGAAAUACUCAGACCACUGUGAGGCCCGGGCCUCGAGGCCUGGCAAGAGCCGCAUCCCUGGCCGUGACCACCGGCGCUACUACCACGACCACUGGCGGCUAGAGUACCUGAUGGAUUUCAACCCGGCCCGGCACGGCAUGGUGUGCAUGGUGUGCGGCAGCUCCCUGGCCACGCUCAAGCUCAGCACCAUCAAGCGGCACAUCCGCCAGAAACACCCCUAUUCCUUACAUUGGAGUCCCCGGGAGAAGGAAGUCAUCAGCAACAGCUGGGAUGCCCACUUGGGGCUGGGGGCCUGUGGAGAGGCCGAGGGCCUGGGGGUCCAGGGGGCUGAGGAGGAGGAGGAGGAGGAAGAAGAAGAGGAGGAAGAAGGGGCUAGCCUCCAAGCUUGCCCGCCCAAGGGCCCAGGCAAAACUCCAGCUGGUGGGGGUGGCUGGCGCCAGCAGCAAGGGGGCCCAGUGGCACCCCCGGCUCGGCAAGGCCUCUCCACCUCCCGGAGGGCUGGGGGCUGCAGGGGGCAGGGUGCCCGGCGCCUGGAGCGGAGGCUGAAGGAGUCCCUGCAGAACUGGUUCCGGGCAGAGUGUCUCAUGGACUAUGACCCGCGGGGGAACCGGCUGGUGUGCAUGGCCUGUGGCCUGGCACUGCCCAGCCUGCACCUGGACGACAUCCGGGCCCACGUGCUGGAGGUGCACCCCAGCUCCUUGGGGCUCAGCGGCCCCCAGCGCAGCGCCCUGCUACAGGCCUGGGGGGGCCAGCCCGAGGCACUGUCUGAGCUCACCCAGUCCCCAUCAGACGAUGACCUCGCCCCCCAGGACUUGACCAGAAAGAGCCUCGACUUGGCCCCCGCUGCGGGAGCCCCCUCCUCUCAGGAUCUCAGUCCCCCAGACCUAAAGGAAGAGGCUGGCUGGGUCCCUGAGAGGCCCGGGCCCGCAGAGGCCGAGGAUGGGCUGGAGGAGGGCCAGGGGGUGGGGGACCAGGGCCGGCCUCCGCGGGGCCGCAGCCCCUGCCGCCACUCCCAGGAGCGCUGGCGGCUGGAGUACCUGAUGGAGUUGGACUGCGGCCGGCGCGGCCCGGUGUGCCUGGCGUGCGGGGGCGCGCUAGCCUCGCUCGAGAUGAGCACCCUCCAGCGGCACCCACGCCAGCGCCACCCGGGCUCCACCCGCCUCGGCGGGCCGGCCAAGGCCCUCAUCGCCCAGGAGUGGAGCGAGAAGGCCGGCCACCUGCUGGCUCUGGGGCUGCCCGGGGACCCUGCCGCCCCCAGCACGGCCGCAGCCUCCGAGGAGGGGGGAGGGGCGGCGGAGGAGCCAGAGGAGGAGCGGUGGGGCGAGGUUCCGCUCUCCCCGGGGGAGCCGUCGGAGCGCCCUGCCGAGGAAGAGGACGAGGACGAGGACGGCCUGCCUAAGGAUGGCAAAUGCCAGCUGUCACAGGCCCUCGCGCAGUAG